UGCCUGAGCAGAUGACAAGGAGAACAGCAAACUUGCAGUACAGUUUGCCCUGCGACAUCGGGCUCAUUCAGUGCAACAGUUUCAAGGACGCUCUCGACGACAGCCACGGUCUCCAGUACACUCGUGAGAUUUGGCUCUAACUGGGAUCUCUAUUAGCCAUACCCGACGGUCUUCCCUGAUUUUACCGUGUCGCAAUGGCUAUCCUUUCGACGCCGCUGCAAUAUAUCAAUUCUGUACCACCAGUGACGCGUUUUUUCACUGCGGCUACCUUAGCUUCCUCGGCAUUGUAUCUUUGGAUAAAAUGGACACCAGGCUAUGUCCCAACCCCAUACUUGACUUUGUCGCCUGGAACAAGCCUGUUCUUUCCUUGGACAUUGGCAACUUCAGCCCUGGUCGAAAUCAGCGUCAUCGAGCUCAUUAUCUCGCUUCUUGUCAUUCCCGCUUCGUUAACUUAUUUUGAGCGCCUGUGGGGGACUGUCGAAACUCUGAAGUUUAUUGUCGUAUGCGUGACUGGACCGAAUAUCAUCGCGUGCGCCUUCAACUGGAUUGAAUUCGCUGCGACGCGUAAUGCCGAGUUGUUCUUAUAUGGCAUGGAAUAUCAUGGUCAAAUGGCACUAUUUAUCAGUCUGCUUGUUGCGUUUACUCAAGUUAUUCCCGAACACCAAGUGCAAAUUUUGGGCUUCAUCAAGGCCCGCGUCAAGAGGCUUCCUAUGGCAUACUUGACUUUUUCGACCAUUAUGACAUUGCUUGGCUUCCAAUGCCCAUAUAUUCUCAUUCAGUUUGGCUGGUUUGUGUCGUGGAUAUAUCUCCGCUUCUAUAAGCGCAGUGUUAGCGACUCCCUAGGAGGGGUAGUGACAUAUGGAGACCGGAGCGAAACAUUUGCUUUGACAAGCUGGUUCCCUCCGUUCCUCCACACACCGCUAUCAAUGCUCGGACACACAGUGUACAAACUUGCAACACGUUUCCACCUUAUUCCUACUUCUGUGCCUCAUGACAUUGAGUCUGGUGGGUAUAGUCAGGUCCCAGGUGGAGCUCGAGCCGAAGCUGAAAGGCGACGGGCACUUGCACUGAAGGCACUUGACCAGCGACUGGCCAACUCCUCCAGUGGUUCGCCAACCCAGAGUGGAGCAUCUCAAGCCCAGUCUUCGCGACCCUCUCCAGCCGCGCCUGCCCCAGCACAAAAUGAAAGAAAACCUAGCCCUGUGGAGAUGGACGUAGCAGACACAUCAGGUUCUGACGAUGAGAGACGAUAGUGUACGGCUUAAUGAUCAUCUUCAGCAGCUAAUAUCCACGGAGUACAUCUCACCUCUUCACUUUUACUUUGUCCAAAUUACAUAGCAAUAGCCUCGUGGUUACGUAAUAUACCAAGACUGUUGUCCACUGGCA